AUGCCUGCUCGACGCUCCCUCGGCGCCGUGGCUGGCCCGUCAGCCCCUGCCGCGCCGCCCGUGGUCGAACUUCACCCUAUCACAAAGCGUCUUCGCAAGAUGUGGAAGUUUGCUGCCGUCUGUCAAUUCCUCUUUGUCUUCGACGAAGCUUUCGGCAUGAGUGGCUUCGAGACCGAGACUCUCGAGACCGACUUUGAGAACAACGAAACCAAUGUCGUGCCCGACCUGAUCAAGCGUCUCCUCUACACCUUGACACUGGACCGCACCAUCGACCUCGACAACUGGCAGCACCAUCUUCGUAUUCAGUACAAUCUUCGCGAUGAACACUCGGUCAGCCGCUUUGGUACCGCUGAACAACCGAUCGAGUGGGCACAGCUUUCGCUCAAUGACAAGGUCACCACGCUCCACGACUUGUGCGAGUGGCAGCUCAUGGAUCCGGAGAGGUUCCGAAAGCUGGUCAAGUCGGAAGAGAACAUCACAACCUGGAGAGUCUCACCGAUCGGAUGGGAUGCUCAUGACAAUGCAUACUGGCUGUUUGACGACAAUCGCAUCUGGAUUCAGCGCCCUGAGCCAACACCGAAAGCACCAGCCAAAGCCAAAGUUCCAGCUAAGAAGGGCACAAAGCGAGCAAGGUUGGAAGCUGCUGCUGCGAGACGUGCUGCUUCCUCGGUAGCCAAGUCGUCGUCUGCACCGAAAGCAUCCGGUGCGAAGCGAGGUCGAUCAUCAGAUCUGAUGCCGAGCUCUACUCCGUCAAAACGCACACGGUCUUCGCUUGCGGACUCUUCUGCAUCAACACCAUCAAGACCACCACCACGACGUGGAACGCGCACAUCAGCACGAUUCGCGCCUCAAGACGACGACUCCGCCGCCAACACACCUUCCAACCACCGCACAUCAAGAUCAGCGACCGCCUCGUAUUCCUCCGAUUCGGAACUCAGCGAGCCGCCUGAGGAUAUGGACGUGGAUGAGGACACCAAGCAUGAACCCGUCGGCAAAGCUGCCAAAGAUGACGACAAUGACGCAGAGAUGGACAAUGCAGAAGCAGAGGACGACAAAGAUGUAGAAGAGGAGCAGGACAACAAAGAAGAAGAGGAGCAGGACAACAAAGAAGAAGAGGAGCAGGACAACAAAGAAGAAGAGGAGCAGGACAACAAAGAAGAAGAGAAGGAAGCGGAAGCGGAAGCUACAGAGCAAGAGCAAGAGCAAGAGCAAGAAUGGGUCGAGUUCGAGACCAUUGUCGUCACCCGUCAAGAGUGGCUCGACUUUGCCAAGCGUUUCGCCAAGUCCAAGGAUCCCAACGAGAAGAACUUUCAUCAAUUCAUCAACAACGAGAUUCUCGACCAGGUCCUCGCAGCUAUGGAUGAGAUCGAGCGUCAGCGUCAGCUCGAGCAGGCUCUUGCCAAUCGAAAGCGUUCCAGCCGUAUCGCAAUGAAGGAGUCAGAGCGGGAAGAGCGUGAACGUGAUCGCGAGGCCCGUGCCAGAAUGGAGAAGAAGAUGGCAGCUAUUCGCAAAGAAGAGGAGCAAAAGCGUCAAAAGGAAGAGGAAGAACAGGAAGCACAAAAGUCAAGGGAGCAGCGUCUUCGAGAGCGAGAAGAGCGUCUUCGUGCACGCGAGAUCGACAUGGAGACAAAAGCAAUUCGCGAAGAAGAGGAACGCGAGCGACGCGAAAAGGAGCGAGAGGAACGCAAACGAAAACGGGAAGAAAUCAUCGCCAACGGAGGCAUCCCGCCGCCGUCGAAGGAAUCGACUCCUGUCCAAGGAGAUGGUUCCAUCUUUAUCGAUGCAAACGGUCAACCUCUCGAGGAGGAGGAAGAGGAAUGGGAGCUCAACUGCGAGGUCUGCGGCAAAUCAGCCAUCAGCCCACCUGACGAGGAUGACGAGAUUGUCUGUUGCGAGCAGUGCAGUGUUUGGCAACACAUCAAGUGUUGGGAUGCCUUCGAUAAGCAGGCCUUGGGUCUCAAGAAGAAGCGGGAUUGGGAGUCGGUUGAUUUCUAUUGCUCGAGAUGCCGGCCACCGCCUGCAGGUACACCUGUACCUCAUCCCGGUGUCCUUUCGAAGCGCGACAAGGCCAGCCCACGAAGCAACAGGAGGGCAAGCAACAGUCCAGAGAGCCCCACACGCGCUGCGCCCGGUGGCAACGCAGAGUCGCCACGUCAGAGGAUCAAACUCGUCUCCAACUCCAAGAAUGCGGAAGCAACAAAGGCAGCACAGGCGGUGCAGCCACCUAAGCGCACAGAGUCAACGAGCGCCGGUCUUGUCAAACCACCAACGGUCCGUUCGCAAACACUUCGACCUCCUACGGCCGGAGCACAGCCUGCUGAGACGGGCAUUUUGGCGUCGUCUGGAGCGGCGUCCAGACCCUCUCGGGCUCCUGCUUCAGUGGGACAGCUCCCCCCACCUUCGAGUCAUGCGGUUCCAACAAGAGCAGCAGGCAGUGACAAGCCCACCAUUGGUCGCCCACUGCUCCCUCCAGCCUCUGUGGGCAGUAGCAGCAACAAUGCUUUCGGUGAUCCCAGCAAAGCUGAGGCCGCCAGCGUCACCCUUAACAAGCCAACGAAUGAGAGCGCUGUCAGUGGCGCUCCUAUCAACGGUGCAGAACUGGGCAUGGGAGGAGUGACGCAGAGGCGGCAGUUCCCAUCAGUUGGUUCGCCGAGGUCGCCUUCAUCUGGACCUGUCCCGAGCCCGGGCACGUCGACGGUGGGCAAUGGUAGCGCCACAUUGUCGCCUCGAUCGGCAUCGUACGGUGCGAACUUGGGAAGUGCUGGAUACCGUCGACCUUGGCAGGCAUCGGGUUCGUUCCCUAUGCGUCACACGCCAGCCAAGUCGCCGUUGUCGAAACCCUACGAGUCUCGUCUGCAGAACGGUGAGCGACCAGCAAAUGGCUUCAGCCUUGGACCUGCUCGAGCAGCGAGUUGCUCGGCCAGUCGUGGUGCCGGUCAAUACGCUAGCCUAGGAGCAACGGCCAAAACGCUCCACCCUUGGACUGCUGUGGUUCCUGCCGCGCCUGCAACGCCUGUUGUGCCUGUUGUGCCUGUUGUGCCUGUUGUGCCUGUAGCGCCAACCGCGUUGGGUAACGUUGCUGGUGGUGCUUUUGUUCAAAACAUCUUCGAAGCUCCUGCUCCGCCAAAUUCGAGCGAAGCAGCGCCUGCGAAUGUAUCAACGCUGACGGAAUCGCCUACACGACCACAGCUCUCCUCGACCGGAUCCGAGGGUGCCAAGGGCCAACAGAAGGAGCCUGGCCCACUUGAUCUGGAUGCAGGUGUUGGAUCGACGAGUAGUCAAGGUGAGAUCAGAGAUCAAAGGAGAGCAUCUUCAGCGGCGGCUCAGGCCUUCCGCACGCUAGAGCAUGGUCUCAGCUCGGCACAGCCUGGAGAGAAGAAAGAAGGAAGCUCAGCCCCUGAAGUCAAGGUUGUCGAGCUUGCAUCUACGCACAUUCAGAGUGCUUGA